AUGGCUGCUUCACAAGCUGCCAACCUUGUCGAAAAGACCGUGGGUCAUGGUAACAAUGCAACAAUCACCACAGACGUGAGCCACUACAAUAACGAAUAUGGCAUGGAAACCGGGGACCGGAUCCAGGCGACGACCUGGCAGGGGAAAAAGAAUGUCAAAGUUGUGGAAAUGCUCAAGCCGAGAGUAAUCGACCCAGACGACGUAAUAGUGAAGGUGACGGGCAGCACGAUCUGUGGAAGUGAUCUUCACCUAUAUCACGGUGUAAUCCCCCAGCUCCAGAAAGGCGACGUGCUGGGCCAUGAAUGCUGCGGUGUGGUUGAGAACGUAGGACCUGGAGCAAAGAAGGUCAAGCGUGGCGAACGGGUGGUGGUUUCUUUUCCCAUUGCAUGCGGAGACUGCAUGAGCUGCCAGCGAGAGUUAUACUCACAAUGCGAGAAGACCAAUGAGAACACCAUCACGAAUGCCAUGUAUGGGAACAGAACCGCUGGCAUAUUUGGCUAUUCGCAUUUCACAGGCGGCUUUGCCGGUGGCCAGGCCGAGUAUAUCCGAGUCCCUUACGGAGACGUCAAUCUGCUUCAGAUUCCAGAUGACGUACCGGACGAGAAGGCACUCUUUGUAUCCGACGUCCUUGGAACGACAUGGCAUUGUGUGGUCGACACCGGUGUCAAGAAGGGAGAUGUCGUUGCCAUCUGGGGUGCCGGGCCGAUUGGACAGAUGUGCGCCGAGUUCAGUUUCUUCCACGGGGCAAGCCGAGUUAUUCUCAUUGAUGGUGGGGAUGGCGCGUGGCGGCUGAACUAUGUCAAGACCAAAGUCCCGAAACUGGAAACGAUCAACUUUACCAAGCUGCCCAAAGGUGAAUCCGUGUCGUCUUUGCUAAAGCAAAUGGUGCACGGAGGUCCCGAUGUCGCCCUGGAAUGUGCCGCGGGCGAGUAUGCUAAAGGCUGGGCACAUUACUUCGAGCAAAUGCUUGCCAUGGAGACAGACAGCUCGGAGAUCCUAAACGAAAUGAUCACUGCUGUUCGCCCAUUUGGCCGAGUGGGGGUGACAGGCAUCUAUGCUGGAUACACGAAUCACUUCAAUAUCGGGGCCGUGAUGCAGACCGGGGUUCGACUUAUUGGGAAUGGCCAGGCCCCCGUGCAGAAGUACUGGAAGCAUCUCAUGGGCCUGAUCCAAACGCAGAAAAUCAACCCGCUGGACAUGGUAACCCAUCGCGUGCGUCUUGAAGAAAUGGAAAGAGUAUAUGCCUUGUUCGACCAGCGAGACCAAGGCAUGCAGAAAGUCUUCGUGCAGACUAAAUACUCUGCCUCUCCAUCGCCUGGGGCACCAGCUUUAACUGAGCUUGGUGGAGUUGGAGUGACUCCAUACGCCACAGAAGGCUAA